AUGAUAAUUUUGAAAUCGUCCGUAAUCUUAAAAUUUUUGCUAAUUCUUUCGGCUACCGUAUUAUUUUGGUGCAAUCUGAUAUCCUCUAAUCUUAAAUGGAGACCUUAUCUAUAUAAAUGUCAAAAUACAAGCUGGAUUUACACAUCUAGAUUCAUACCACUAAAUUUACUUUCAACCCUAAAGUGCAGUUACGGAAAAGAUAAAUUAGGUUUAGGUUGGACCAUUUUUGCAAAAUAUGAGCGUUGCUAUAAUCCCAGCAAAAGCAAUUCUUCUAUUGGAUUUAAAUCGUCUGGUGGGAACAACAGCAAUCAGUUGAAAUCAAAUGCUAAUUCCGCCAUUGGCGAUAAUCCAUUAAUAGGACAGGAAAAGUCUACGUCUUCCAAUAGGAUUGAUCCGCUCUACUAUAAUAGAUACGAGGAAAAUGAUUAUUCAAAUUUUUCUAGCACUGUCUCAUCACUCGAAGAUACAUAUUUUACGGACGAAUUAUUCGUGCCAUCCUCAAAAUAUUAUCACCCGUCCGAUAACCUAAAUGACUCCACGAAUAGUAUUACCAAUUUUAUACAAAAUGUAAGCGAAAGGAAGAACAUUUCCAUUAGAGAUUCAUUAUCUUCACCCAACCAAUCAGAAUUGAUUAACAACUAUACAUUUAUCAUUAAUUCUGCUUUUUCCGAUCCAAUGAUAACCUUCGCCCAACGAGGUAAGUACCGAAUAAUGAUGGACUUAUUUCCAGCCAUCAAAAACUCUUUUCCUCGCAAUGAUUAUAAAGAAGAGAAAUUAUUUAACGCCGUAACUAUAGCUACCCAUAGUACUCCCAUGUAUUUAUCUCAUCUAGUCCCCAUGUCUUCUAGUUGGCAGGGCCCCAUUUCUGUCGCAAUUUAUUGUCCUUGUGACGAAGAUUUUUUUAUUUGCGUCAACACAAUAAUUUCAUUGAGAGUGUGUCACAAACCAGUCUACGAUUACGUCUCGUUUCACAUAUUUUAUCACGCCAAUCACGAACCUUUUUACGAUUUGCAGCAGUUACAACUACUGAGGAACAAAUAUUUGAAUAAUAUAUAUGGUUUAGAAGAAAAAAUAUUGUGCCCGGACAUAAUGGAUCAUAUAAAACAAUUUGACAAAGAUACCUAUAAAUAUGGUAAAAAAUUGACAAAUAUUUGGAAUUUUCGGCAAAACUUUAUGAAAUCAGAGAUGAAGGAUGAUCAUAUAAAAGUUGAAACAAACGACGAAUUAAAUCUAUCGGAUUUUAAAUUGUACCCAAUUAACAUGGCGCGCAAUAUAGCCCGUUUAGCUUCGAAAACUCAUUACAUUUUUACUUUAGACAUCGAAUUUUUGCCGAGUAAUAAUUUGAUGUCGCUAUUUUUGGAUUUUAUUAGAAAUAGCGUUCACGAUUACAAAAUGGAUAAAACAGUGUUCGUAAUCCCUGCCUUCGAAGUAAAAAUGAAUUAUGAAAGGCCACAAAAUAAAACGGAGCUUUUGAGAUUAUUGAAAACCGGGAUAGCCAUCCCUUUUCAUCGCAAACGCUGUGCCGCAUGCCACAUAAUUCCUAACUUCAAUAAGUUCUUACGAAAUACUGGCAAUGGUAGCUUUUUGGAAGUUCUUUCAAUUACAAAAUGGAUACCACCUUACUGGGAGCCCAUUUUUAUCAGCUCUAAUCAGGACCCGCUUUACGAUGAACGUUUCAAGGGAUACGGUCGAAACAAAAUACAGAUGUGUUACGAAUUAUGCCGAGCUGACUAUCUAUUUUAUGUUCUGGACGGAGGUUUCGUAUCCCAUCAAGGAAUAUCGGUCAUAACCAAAGAAGAAAUCAAGGCUAAAAUGAAAAUAACGCGCAAAAACAAUUUCUUAUUUAGGAAAUUUAGGCACGAAAUCAAGGACAAAUAUGGGCCUUUGUCACAAUCCACCUGCGAAUACAAAGGCUACAAUCGCUUGUCGCGUAAAGCUUCUUUGAUAUCUGGCAGGGCUAAGGGCACAUUUGUGAUUAAUAAGGGCGUGUUGAUAAAACAUGGAAGUGACACGAAUGCUUCCACUAUGAUUUUUCACCCGAACAAAGAUUCAAAGCCAAAAGAGUUACUCAGAAACGGCAAGAUACAAAAUAAUAUUACCACCUACAUUUCUAAGGGAAAAUUAAUUAAAGCCUAAUAUUAUUAUGGGGGGUUUAUCGUAACGCGGACGAAUGAUAAUCGAUGAAAACCUUGUGAUUCUCGUAAAUGCAAAUCCUGCUUAUAUUUGAGUCUUUACUUUAUUUUUGAGUAAUUUUAAUAAUUGAUUAUGAGAAAUAGAUAAAGAA